GCGGCAGCGCUCGUCGGAACUUUAGUCUUGCGUCGACUGUUGCCACGGUCGGUUCGUACCUGUAGGCAGCGCGCGCAGAGUUUUCACUCGAGUGUUGCAACUUGAAACAAGAACAAGUCCUCGAAAGAGCAACCGAGGCGGACCAACAGUUAUGUGCUUCAGUUCGUGUUAGAAUAAAAACGAGUUUACUUGGAGCGAUCAGUGUGUGUGUUCUCAGUGCGACCCACAUUAUUCAAUUUUGAAUUGCUUGGAUUACAAUUACAACUAUCAACAAUGUGCGGGGUGUAACGAAAAGUUGCGAACUUUUUUGGAUUUCCGGGACGGCUAACUUCUAUGUUAGUUAGGACAUGAUUACGAAUUGUCGAUUCGCGACUUGAAAAACUUUUUCGUUUUUUCUAAGUUCAGUUGGUGAAGAUGUGGUCGCAGGCGCAUAUUUUAGCGCUUCUCGCGUUCUUCGCCGCGGUAGCCUGGGCCAGAUUCGAUGGGCCGGAGCAGUGCACCUCCAGAGUGGAUUCUACGGAUACUGCCGCAGCUACGCGUCUUGCAGUCACAUGCAGGAUGCGGACGCUGGAUGAGUCAAGUGCUAACUUAAGCACGCUUCCUGAAGGCAUCACUCGCUUGCGACUAUUUUGCAGCGAUGUGUCCCACUUUGAGAGCACGUUACCAUCGGGCGCCAUUAGGCGACUUGAAGAUUUACAAGAAUUGCAGAUUGAGAGCUGUAAGCUGACGAAUAUCGAUAGCAAUUCCUUCUUCGGAUUGAAGUCUUUGAAGAAAAUUGCUAUCAAUACCCGCAACUCGGAGUGGUCCAAUGGAAAAUCGCUCCAACUGACGACUAGCAGUUUAUCAGGCUUAAAGGAGCUGCAAAUCUUGAAUUUGGGUGAUAAUAACAUCCGCGCUCUUCCCGAAGGCGUUUUUUGCCCCUUGAUCAAUUUGCAAACACUGAAUCUCACUCGCAACCGAAUUAAAAACUCUGAGCGUCUUGGGUUUGGGGACGGUAACGAUAGGGUAGCGAUGUGCAGCAGCAUGGAUCUUCAAACUUUGGACUUGUCCUACAACGAGAUGCGAUCGUUAAGUGACACGUCCGGCUUCUCGCGGCUCCGAAGAUUGCAGCAAUUGAAUUUGCAAUUCAAUAACAUCAGCGAAGUUUCCGCCGAUGCUCUUAGUGGGCUCGUCUCUUUAAGAAUUCUGAAUCUUGCAAACAACAAGAUCAGUGAAUUGCCACAGGGAUUGUUUACUAACUCUCGUGAAUUGCGCGAAGUGCAUUUACAAAACAACUCACUUUUUGCACUUGCCAAAGGAUUGUUUCAUCGCUUGGAGCAGCUCUUGGUAUUGGAUCUGUCGGGCAAUCAAUUGACGAGUGGUCACAUCGAUGCUGGCACUUUCACCGGAUUAAUUCGACUUAUCGUGCUUAAUCUGUCUCACAAUGCUCUCACACGCAUCGAUGGACGUACUUUCAAAGAUUUGUUUUUCUUACAAAUUUUGGAUCUUCGAAACAACUCUAUUGGAUUUAUCGAGGACAACGCGUUUUUGCCCCUUUACAAUCUUCACACUUUGAACUUGGCUGAAAACCGUCUCAACACCAUCGGUCCCUUGUUGUUUAAUGGUUUGUUCGUGCUUAGCAAAUUAACGCUGAACAAUAAUUUGAUUGUGAACGUGGACGCUGGCGCCUUCCACAACUGUUCGGCGUUGAAAGAACUUGACCUAAGUUCCAACGUUCUCGAAGAAGUUCCGGAAGCCGUACAGGAGCUUACCUUCUUGAAGACGCUAGAUCUUGGCGAAAAUCAGAUCAGCGGCUUCAAGAACGGCACGUUCAAGAAUUUAAAUCAGCUCACCGGCUUGCGCCUCAUCGAUAACAAAGUCGGCAAUCUUACGCGCGGAAUGUUCUGGGACCUGCCCAGCUUGCAAGUACUGAAUCUGGCUAAGAACAAGGUGCAGAAUAUCGAACUCGGUACGUUCGAGCGCAACAUGCAAAUCGAGGCGAUUCGCUUGGAUGAAAAUUACCUGACGGACAUUAACGGCAUCUUCGUGACGCUAGCUAGCCUCCUCUGGUUGAACUUAUCCGGCAAUCAUCUGGUGUGGUUUGACUAUGCGUUCAUUCCAAGCAACCUCAAGUGGCUGGACAUUCACGGCAACUUCAUCGAACACCUCAACAACUACUACAAGAUGCAGGACACGAUUCGCGUAAAGACGUUGGAUGCUAGUCAUAAUAGAAUUAGUGAAGUCUCACCGAUGAGCAUACCAAACAGUAUUGAACUCCUGUUCAUUAACAACAACUUCAUCAAGAAGGUGCACCCGAACACGUUCCUAGACAAAACUAGUCUCACGCGAGUGGAUAUGUACUCCAACGAUCUGGUGAACCUCGAGCUGACCGCGUUGCGCAUGCCGCCAGUGCCGUUGAAUAGGUCUCUCGCAGAGAUCUACUUAGGCGGCAAUCCAUUUCAUUGUGACUGUUCCAUGGAGUGGCUCCAGCUGAUCAACAAUAUGACCGAGACGCGCCAGUAUCCGCGAGUGAUGGACUUGGACAAUGUCAUGUGCCGGAUGACACAUUCGCGGGGCAUGACGCACAUGCCGCUUGUGCGCGCUAAACCUGGUGACUUCUUGUGUACAUACGAAACACACUGCUUCGCGCUUUGCCAUUGUUGUGACUUUGACGCGUGCGAUUGCGAAAUGACGUGUCCUAGCAACUGCACUUGCUACCAUGACCAGACCUGGAACACCAACGUGGUUGAUUGUUCCGGGCAGAACGCCGUUGAAAUUCCCCAUCGCAUUCCUAUGGACGCAACUGAGGUGUACCUAGAUGGAAAUGAAUUCAAAGAAUUGCAAAACCACGUUUUUAUCGGGCGCAAGAACAUGCGUGUACUAUAUGUUAAUGGCAGUGGUGUCGAGACUAUUCAGAAUCGCACAUUCAACGGUCUGAAUGCACUCGAAACACUGCAUCUGGAGGACAACCGCAUUUUUGAACUGAAAGGAUACGAAUUCGAACAUUUGGCCCACCUGAAGGAGCUAUAUCUUCAGAAUAAUCUGAUUGCUUACAUCGGAAACAUGACGCUGACGCCGCUAAAGUCGUUGGAGAUAUUGCGUUUAGACGGAAACAAGUUAGUGGUCUAUCCCAUUUGGCAGCUGUCGAUGAACACGCGCCUCACCGAACUCACCCUCGGCAACAACCAGUGGUCUUGCCGGUGCAAGUUCCUGCAGGAGCUCACAUCCUGGGUUGCCGACAACGCCGCGAAAGUGAUCGAUAGUGCGGACAUUAUGUGCUACAACACGGACUCCAAACCGCCUCAGCGGCGUGAGCUCAACUUUAACAGCACCGCGUGCAGUGAUUACUACGCCGGCAGCAGCGUUCUCGAUAGUAUGUUUGAGCUAAACUAUCUCCCUACGGCCGUGAUCACUCUAUGUAUCAUACUCCUGCUGCUUCUGAUCUUGGUGUUGUUUUUCAUUUUCCGCGAUCCAGUGCGCGUGUGGCUGUAUUCGCGAUACGGUGUGCGACUUUGCAGUUUCCGUGCUGCUGCCGCCAAGCAGUUCGAAGAACGCGAUAAACUCUACGACAGCUUCGUGUGUUACAGUCCCAAAGAUGAGGAAUGGGUGGUGCAGUCGCUCGCCACCGAACUAGAACAAACCUUCCAAUUGUGUCUGCAUUAUCGUGAUCUGCCACACGCCGCUUAUCUUCAACACGCUGCUCCUGCGGUGCUGGAGGCGGCUGAAUCCAGUCGGCGAGUGAUAAUUUUCCUCACGCGCAACUUUAUGCAAACAGAAUGGUCGCGCUUUGAGCUGAGGCAAGCUUUGCAUGAAGCUCUUAAAGGGCGCGUGUUCAAAUUGAUCAUCAUCGAGGAUGGCCCGCUGCCGGAGGCAGAGUUGGACCCCGAAUUACGUCCAUAUCUCAAGACUGGGCACAGAAUACGCUGGGGCGAACGUCGUUUCCUUGAGAAACUAAAGUAUGCCAUGCCCUCAGUAGAGCCACGCGGUAAAAUUAACGCUAAUUAUCGCCGCAAUAUCAACAACUACACAAUAGAAUCUCGAGUUGUCGCUAACGGUACGCACAACCAUACGUAUCCAGAGAAAAUCAAGACGCCGGCGCCGCAUAGCCCUGGCAUGCAGAUGUUCCCACCGCCGGCGUAUACGGCCGGCUUGAGUCACGACGGCGACGACGCUAAUUACUCGUCGGCGACGACGGCGACGCCAUCGCCGCGACCGAUGCGACGCGUGCAAGAGCCUCGGCCGCUCUCAGAUCACAUCUACUCCAGCAUCGACUCGGAUUACAGCACGUUAGAGCGUGGCGCGUCGGGCAGGCGUGGGCCUCCAUGGAGGCCACAUCCGCCGCACGUGAUGCUGCAAUCGGGAGGUGGCGGCCAAGCUUACCUCGUGUGAUAACCUACUUGACUGAUUAGACCUUAUAAACAAAUGAAAGACUUUAAACCUAUGAAUAGUUAAAAACAAGGAAAUCGAACACUACUAAAAAGUAAACUAAUCAUGAAAAGUGUACUAUAAGAAUGAAAGAAAAAGGAACUAAUUAAUUUGUAUUAUUUUUGUACAUUUUUGUAUAUAGAUAUAUUUAUUAUUUGUUUAUUAUUAUCAUUUUUAUUAUGAUUUUUUUUUGUAUUAUUUGUGUAUAUUUUUUACGUGUUGAGAGGAAGAUACAAUUGAUACUGCAAAUUUUGAAAAAUAAAUAUGCGAUGUGAAAAAAUAA